CUGAAUUUUUUUUUUUUUUUUUUUUUUAAUAUCGUCCCACUGCGCCUGCGCGGUUCAUCGGGCAAGAUGGCGACGAGCAAUGGUGGUGGAAUGGAAGUGGACGGGGCAGCCAGCCCCAGUGUUAUGGCCUCGGGGGUCACUGGGAGUGUGUCUGUGGCCUUGCAUCCCCUCGUCAUCCUCAACAUAUCAGACCACUGGAUCCGUAUCCGCUCCCAGGAGGGCCGGCCGAUGCAGGUGGUUGGAGCCCUUAUCGGGAAGCAAGAGGGUAGAAACAUCGAGGUGAUGAACUCCUUUGAAUUGCUGUCCCACACCGUGGACGACCGAGCACAUAUUGACAAGGAAUACUACUACACCAAGGAAGAACAAUUCAAACAGGUCUUCAAAGACAUGGAGUUUUUGGGCUGGUACACCACAGGCGGCCCCCCUGACCAGUCAGAUAUCCACAUUCACAAGCAGGUGUGUGAGAUCAUUGAGAGCCCCCUCUUCCUCAAGCUCAACCCAAUGACCAAACACACAGAUCUCCCUGUUAGUGUAUACGAAUCUGUGAUCGACAUCAUCAAUGGCGAGGCUACCAUGUUGUUUGCUGAGCUGACGUACACUCUGGCCACAGAGGAGGCUGAAAGAAUUGGGGUUGAUCACGUAGCUCGAAUGACAGCCACCGGCACAGGGGAAAACUCGACAGUGGCUGAACACCUCAUAGCCCAGCAUAGCGCAAUAAAGAUGCUCCACAGCAGGGUGAAGAUCAUCCUUGAGUACGUCAAAGCGGUGGAAGCAGGAGAGGUGCCAUUCAACCAUGAGAUACUUAGAGAAGCCAAUGCCCUGUGCCACAGACUGCCUGUCCUCAGCACCAUAAAAUUCAAGACCGACUUCUAUGAUCAAUGCAAUGAUGUGGGCCUAAUGGCCUACUUAGGCACCAUCACCAAGACCUGCAACAGCAUGAACCAGUUCAUCAACAAGUUCAACGUCCUGUAUGACAGACAGGGCAUCGGCCGGAGGAUGAGAGGACUGUUCUUCUGAGCUGGCCGUUAGCCGAAGAAAAGAGACAAAGGUCACGAGCACUGCAAACAUUUUUCUUUGCUUGUAUUUUUUUUUUUUUUUAGCUCAGACAUCAUUCUUCGUCUUGCAUACAAACAAACAAUAGCUUUUCAAACCAGAUGACCAUUUUCAGCCACGAGUGUAUUCAUUACACCAGCCAGUCAACAGUGUAAAUGGAAGGACAACUAUGUACAAAGUCACUCAAGUUGACAGUUUGUCAUGGGUAUGCACAUCGAUGAAUCCAAUGUACAUGAACCGUUAUGUUAUUUUACCCCCUUUGUUGUUGUUUCAUGUUUCUGUAUGUAAUAAAUGAUCUGAUUUUUCUUUUGUUGAA